AUGCCCGUGCCCAUGUCCAAGCUCACCAUGGCGGAGCUGAGGGCGGAGGCCGAGGCGCGCGGCUUGCACGAGGGGGUGGCCCCCUUUGACAUUGACGGCGCCAAGAGGGGGCAGCUCGUGACGGCGCUCAAGGCCGCGCGCGCGGCGCUGCCCUUCUCGCUGCAGAGCCGCAUCAAGGCGCUGGAGGCGGCGCGCAAGAAGGCGCUGGCGCGCGCCAAGGGCGGCAGCUCCCGGCCCAGCAUGAGGGGGCUGAAGACCAUCCGGGUUGAGGCCAAUGCUACCGAGAUGAGCGCCGCCAUCGCCGAGUCGGAGAAGGCGCAUGCGGAGGCGGCCAAGGCGCGCGCGGAGAUGGUCAAGGUGCGCAAAGAGGCGGCCGCGGCGCGGGACGCGGCGUCGCGCACCUGCGCGGUGGAGACGGCCAUGCGCCGCAUCACAAGCGAGAACAAUGAACUACAGAAGAUCAACGACAAGCUGAGGGAGACUGUUGACUGGGAGCGGCAGCGCGCAGAGCGCAAGAACGCCAGCGGGGCGGAGGCGGCGCGCGGUGGCUCUGGCCGCAACAUGGAUGACCCCUCAAGCCUGCGCGGCCUCAUCUCAAGGCUGCAGGAGGCGGUCAGCGUGAGGGACGAGAAGCUGGCCGAGGCGGAGGCGGAGCUGGCCAAGGCGGCCGCGGCCGCGAAGGCCGCGCAGGAGGCGGCGAAGGCGCCGGCCAACGCCGCCAACCGCAUCAGUAACCUAGAGCGCAAGCUCAAGACCGCCAAGGACGAGAACGAGACCCUCGUGCAGCAGCACGCAUCGGACCUCAACGGCAAGACCCAGGCGCUGGAGCGCCUGCAGGCGAAGUUCAACGCCCACAAGCUGUGCGCGGAGAAAGAGAUAGACAACAUGAACAUCAAGCUCAAGGCUGCCAUGGCCGGCCAGUCGGCCGCUGACCGGCGGCGCCAGGAGGAGCGCGCCGCGAAGGCUGUGGUGCCGUCGCUAGAGGACCUGCAGUCGCGCGAGAUAGUCAAGAAGGUCGUAAUGUAUACCGCUGAGAAGCUUCUGAAAGCGGACCACGGGAGCGGCGCCGUCCGCGCGGCGCUGCAAUCGGUGCUGCCGCCGGCGAGGCAGGAGGAGCUGGCCAUCCUGGCCAGCGGCGGCUUUGGCGGCGCGGAGGGCGCGCGCGACGGCGACGGCGGCGCGCGCGACGCGGCGCCGGGCGCGGGCUGCGCCAACGCGGCGCUGCUGGACGCAUUUGGCGAUGAGGUGGCGGGCGGCGCGGCGGGUGUUGCCGCCGCGGCCAGCCCCAAGAAGCUCAGGCGCCCGUGA